AUGCCGCACUCCCAUCAUUCUCACAGCGGCCAGUUCUGCUCGCACGCCAAAGAUACACUUGCUCAAGUGCUCUCACGCGCACAAUCUCUCGGUUUCACCCAUUUUCACGUCAGUGAGCACGUCCCGCGUCAAAACCCUACCGAGCUCUACCCGGAGGAAGUGGAUGCCGAGAUCACACCCGAGCAGCUUCGAAGUACAUUUGAAUCGUACUUGAAGGAAGCCAGACGGCUGCAGAAGGAAUAUGCUGGAUCACUCCAUGUGCUGGUGGGCUGCGAGACGGAAAACAUUUCUAGCCCAGGAACGCUCGAUUACCUUGCACAGGUGUUGGGAAGUGAUGACAAAGCCAAACCCGAAUCGAUUGGAAAGGGAGUGGUAGAUUACAUUGUCGGUUCGUUGCACCAUACCAACACGAUACCCAUUGACUUUGACCGCGAAACAUUCGACAAAUCCGUGUCCAGCUUCGAGUCCACUUCUUCUUCCACAGACGAUGCGCAUCUCCGACUGAUCGAUCGAUAUCUCGACGAUCAACUCGAGGUUCUGCAACGACUCAGGCCCGAGGUGAUUGGUCACUUUGAUCUGUUUCGACUCUUCACACCGCAAUUGCAGCUUCAAGGGACGACUAGAAUUUGGGCGAAAGUAGAGCGAAACGUUAGUUUCGCUGUCGAGUACGGCGCGCUCUUCGAGUGCAAUGCGGCUGCGUUCAGAAAGGGAUGGAACACCUCGUAUCCGGCCAAAGAGGUGUUGGAUCUGAUAAUAGGCAUGGGAGGAAGAGUGUGCCUUUCAGACGACUCGCAUGGCGUCCAGGCUGUCGGGCUGAACUACAUGAAGUUAAGGCGGUACCUUAUGGAUGCGGGUGUCCAAACCAUCUGGUACCUGGAAAAGGAGCUUCCAUCGUCAAAUUCUGACGAUGACGCUGACAGUGAUAGCGAUGGCAGGCCAACACGGUUUGCUCGAGGUACUGUAGCAAAAGCCAUGGGUCCAAGAUGGACGACGCAUGCCUUUUGGACUGCAUUUGCUGCCUCGCUCGAAUCUCGGUCAUAG